AUGGCAAUCCAUUUCACCUACCAUGGGGUAGAAAACUUUUUGAACGUCUUAGGGGAACAAAAGCGACGUGCCGAGCAAGACGGAUUUGAUUUAUUAGCCUUCUCACAAGUCGAGUUUGACUUCCUCCGUCGCCAUGAACUUAUGAUAGAGCGACAAAAGAUUCGAAUAUUUGAGUAUGCGCCAGAUAAACAACAGCUCAUCAUCAAGAUGCCCAUUCGUGCUAUCUUUGCCGCCCAGGGAAUGAUAUUCAGAUACUUGACAGAGCAAAUGACGAAGGUCGGGAUGGAAGAUGACGACUGGAUGCUUCUUAACGGAGGCGAUUUUCAACUUGAAAACGGAUGCACCGUCGAGCCAGACUUGGCGCUUUAUUGCAUGGCAGGUGGAAAGGGGCUGCCACCGUUUCCGCAUAUCGUAUUUGAGAUUGGGAUUUCGCAAUCCGUCGAAGAUUUAAGAAGCCGUGCAGAGUAUUAUAUCCGGCACUCCAUUGAAGAGAUCAGUGCAGUAAUUUGUUUACAUGCGCCACAGAACCAAAGUCACGUCAGCUGGGCAGUGUACAAGGCGUUUAGACCAUCUAAGCAGGAUCAGGAUUUUAAGUCUGUCAUUUGCGGCGAUGGGCUAAUCAGCUUCGAUAAAUAUGAUGGCAGUGGGGAGCUCGGUCUGCCCGCCAAUAUUACCACCACGGGGCCAAUGACCAUUCCUAUCGGAAAGGGACCUCUAGGGACCCCAGAUGAUAUCGAGUUGAUUGAAGAAGCCCUCGUCAAAAUCACCGAGAAAUUAACUUUGAGACGCUGGCAAUGGUAA